AAGUCGAGGUGGCUGUCGUGCUAAGCAGACAGGCCCGCCUGUCUUCUCAACGGACUUCUAGGCUGCCUCCUUGUGUGUUCAAUGGGUCCCUUUUCCCAAUGGAGACCGAGUGCUGGGUGACAGGUUUGCUUGAUGCUACUGCUUCGGAGACAUCAUUGGGCUAAGAGGAAGUGAGAGCUGGAGAGACUAGUAGGUGCGCAAGAAAUUGACCAUUGGCACCUGUUUCCAUACUGGGAUAUCUGAAUGGUAGUGAUUUUGCUCCUUGAGAAACUGCUCCUUACACCCCAUGCAGCUCUCCCCAUGCCCCAAGUGUGCGACUGGUGCCCUACGCAAUGUGUGUUUGUCAAACCAUGGAGGUGGGGAAGCAUGGCAAGAACACAACCCACCCAGGAGGCCGAGGGGUCCUGCUGGAGCCUUUCAUCCAUCAGGUGGGCGGCCACAGCAGCAUGAUGCGCUACGAUGACCAUACUGUGUGCAAGCCUCUCAUCACCAGAGAACAGCGCUUCUAUGAGUCCCUGCCUCCAGAAAUGAAGGAAUUCACACCGGAGUACAAAGGUGUGGUGUCUGUCUGUUUUGAGGGAGACAGUGAUGGCUACAUUAACCUAGUAGCAUACCCCUAUGUGGAGAGUGAAGCCUUGGAGCAGGAUGAUAUACCAGAGAGGGACCAGCCACGUCGCAAACACUCUCGCAGGAGCCUCAACAGGUCUGGCAGUGGCAGUGAGCACAGAGAAGAGAGAGCAGGACUGGCCCCUGACAUCGCAGAAAGCAUCCAGGACACAAAGAGCCUCAAGAGCUGCCAUUCAGAUGUUCCAUUUCAGAUGCUAGAUGGAAAUAGUAGCCUGAGUUCUGAGAAGAUCACCUUUAACCCAUGGAGUCUGCGUUGCCACAAGCAACAGUUGAGCCGCAUGCGUUCGGAGUCCAAGGAACGCAAACUCUACAAAUUCCUUUUACUGGAGAACGUGGUACACCAUUUCAAAUUGCCCUGUGUGCUUGAUUUGAAAAUGGGGACCAGACAGCAUGGGGAUGAUGCGUCUGAGGAAAAAGCGGCUCGACAGAUGAAGAAGUGUGCACAGAGCACCUCAGCCACACUGGGUGUACGGGUUUGUGGAAUGCAGGUAUAUCAGCUGAAUACAGGCCAUUAUUUGUGCAGGAAUAAAUACUAUGGCAGAGGUCUUUCCAUUGAGGGUUUUCGCAAUGCCCUCUACCAGUAUCUGCAUAAUGGAAUAGAGCUACGAAAGGACCUCUUUGAGCCCAUCCUAAGCAAACUGCAAAGCUUGAAGGCUGUGUUGGAGAGGCAGGCCUCCUACCGCUUCUACUCCAGCUCCUUGCUCAUCAUCUAUGAUGGAAAGGACACCCGGUCUGAGACAUACAUGGAGCGUAGGGCAGAAAUGCGCCUGAAACAAGUGGACCUCUCUCUCCCAGAGAGCCUACAAGAUGCCAGCAGCACAGAGUCUGUCACUUUCCAGCCCAAAGUAGAUGUACGUAUGAUAGACUUUGCGCACAGCACAUUCAAAGGCUUUCGAGAUGAUCCCACUGUACAUGAUGGCCCCGAUAUGGGGUAUGUGUUUGGACUAGAGAGCCUUAUCAACAUAAUGGAACAGAUGCGGGAUGAGAACCAGUAGCCUUGGGCUGGACUACUUAAUUUUGUUCCCCAUUGAUAGAAACAGACAGGACCACCACCCCUACAGAAAAAGCACACUCUGCUGCUUUGAAAAUAUUGUUGCUCCAGUGUAUUUAACCUCAUCAAAGGACAUGAUAUGUUCCUGGCAAAAUGGCUUUGACUAUCCUGGCCUGGACUCUUUGCAGGAAAGACAAACCCUGUGGACCCCAGCAUUGGGCAUUUGUAUAUGGGGCUUGACAUUGUUACAUACAGCCCUGUGAUCAUGUCUGUUAGGAAUGUGGAGGCUUACCCUGUGGAAAAGAAAAGAGGUGAUGUUAUAGAGGUGUAGAUUUGGAGAUUGGAGGAUUCCAAUGUUCUCUUCCUUGUUAACCUUCCAUUGAGGGACAAUGGUUUGAACUGCUCUUCUUUUGUUCAAAAAGGGCAUUCAGAAACAAAUUAACAUUACUUAAGGGGCUGAUUGAGUCACAUGAUUUGCACAUACUCCUCUCUGCUGUUGCUGCCCCUGAGCAGAUGUGAGAGACUCUUCUAUAGGGUACAUAUGAUACUUCAUUUAUAUUCUCCAAUCUGGGCAUUAUCAGUUCAUCCCAACUGGGGAAAUAAAUGAACAACAGAAAACCAGUGCAGUGCUUUAAUGGUUUUGCUUUGCACCCUGUUGAUGAAGCUGGAUUACCUCUCCUCACCAUUUCCUGCACGUUGAUAGAAGCUCUCCAAAUUCCAGAAAGGCCUGGUCAGGCAUCCUCAAUGUUGUCUUGGUCUCAAACUGCAUGGGAGAGUUCAGCAGGCUAAGGAUAGUGUUAAUAGCACAUUCAGGCUUGUCCCUUGCUGCUAUUCUGAGACUAAUGAUGACUAUCCAGUGCCAAUUCCCUCUUGCUCCACCCACGCUACUUUCUAUUUUAUAGACACAACAGUCUUUUCUCUGGCCUCAGUCAUAUCCAAGCACCACAAUGGCUGGUUGCAAUUUUCCUUUUUCCUUCCUUCCAAGCAGGCUUCCUACCUAAACAGUACACUUCCAUACAUGUUCCAUCCACAGUAAUAAAAGACUUGUGGUGUAGUUGAUUAGAAAAGUGAGUGUCUUCAUUUUCAGAACUUAUCCUGAUUUGUGGAGGGGAGCAUCUGUCUGGUUUGAGUGAUGGACUCCUAGUUAAAUGUGGUUGCCACCUGUACUUGUUUUCACCUCAGGGAGUUGGUGUUUGCUGGCCUUGUUCCGACACUUAGUGAGUUGUUGAAUGCAGCUGUGCCACAUUCUGGCCCCACAUACGUAUAUGGGAUUUUGUUGCGUGGGCUGAGGUGUUGGUGCCACGUAGUGUUCCUCUUGACAACAUUAGUUCUCUGUGUGGUUAGUCGCAAAUUGCAGCUCUUGGUGGCAAUGAUGUGCUGUUCUAUGGAGCUUGCAGAAUAGUCUGAUUAGGGGCAGGCCUAGUAAAGACAAAUGCACUUUGAUUUACUACCAUAGGGAAUUGAUGUCAAGGCAUUAAGGUUGAGGACAAUUGUCUUAAACCUCUACAGCUGGAUGCUCUGAUAAUGAGUUAGCAUUUGCCCUAAAGCUCCUCCUUCGUGUGCUGAAUCUGUGCCUCUUAUUUGGUCAAGUAUGGCCUUCAUAGAUCUGUCUUGAGAGUAUUGGCUCUCAUUAAGGAGCUGCUGGUGGAACUCUCUUUAGUGCCAGCAUCUAUCUGCAGAGUUUAUUCGCUCAGUGCUGCAUGUUCUGAAGGCAGGUAGGGGAGCCACCUCUGUGCAUUGACCAAUUUAGUUUUUAGUCUUAGAUCUUGCCUUGAUAACAAGAGACAUUUUUACAGUGAAUAGAGUAAUAUCAUUUUCCCGGCAUGACCUUUGAAUCCUAGAAUUUAAAGGAAGGGUCUUGCUUUCUGUUGAGGCCGGCUUUUGAAGUCUUCAUAAGCUUCACACUUUGAGGCAUCACAAUGUCUGCAUUGUUUCAGUUAAACAGGAACUUUCAAGAUUGUUUUGAAGAUUUUAACUGUCUAAGGAAAUCUUUAUCCUGCCACCAGCUACUUCAGGAACACUGAUAAGUGUACACAAAACCACUCUAAAAGUCUCCUUCCUGUUCAUUUUGAAAUCCUUUUUUUUUUUAAUAAAAAAAUAUCUGGACCAUUGAGAUCUUCUCAUUACAAAUUCCAGAGCUUGUAAAAAGCAUUUCUCCUUCCUGUUGCUAGGUUUUGUUUUUUAUGAAGCUAGUAAUUCUGUUUAUUUGCUCUGUAAGGAACCAAAAAUAUUAAAGGGUGUGGUUCUGUUGGUAUUUCGCAUUGUGGUUAGUUUUCAGACAGUGUAACUGCAAAGCACAGUCUUGUUCAAUAGCAAUAAGCUUUCCAAGUUCAUUUCUGUAACUUCAAAUUAAGCAAAGGGACAUAGUUGUGUGACUGUUCUUCGUACCUGAGUACCUUGCAUGUCUGAAGGGAUUUGCCUUGUAGUACUGGAGGUCUACUUGCAACCAGUGCAGAGUACAAAUUUAACUAAUUUGUCUAACUUGAUUGACUGUUAGACUCAAGCCCCAUGUUGCCUCUUGCAGGGCUAUUUGUGCCUAUGUGUACACGCAUGUGUGCUUGAGUGCAGCCAGUCAGUGUUGGAGUAGCUGGAAUUGAGAUGUACUGGCAAAGCUGUGUAGGGAAACAUCUAGAGGGUUUAUUAGGGAAGUACCCAUGCUGUCAGGGCAGAUGAAUUCAGAUGGAUUUCAUCAUAGUUAUUUCUAACCCUCCCUUUGGGCAUGCAGCAAAAUCAGUUUCUGCAGCUUGACAUUUGCUUUGGAUUUUAAAGCAACUCUGCAGAGUAAAAGUGCCUUCUGAAAGGCACCAAGAGAGACAUAGACAGAUGAGAAGGCAGGAAGUAGAAUAUUUGCCUUCAGGCACUCUCCUUCCAAUUGCAAGACAUGGUUAACUGUUAGUUCAAACUCGCACCUUGCCAGCAAAAAAGGUGUCCAGAGUCUGAGGCAAUACACCCUAUUUAAGUACACCCUAUUACCCUUACCUGCCUUGAAACAAAGGGAAUUGAAUCUAAAACAAAGCUAGCUUGUCAUGGCUUUUGUACAGUAUUCUGUCCCACUCUAUUUUAUUAUAUCACUGGGACAUAUUUGGUUAGAUAGGACCCAGCAUUUGUUGCUACACUGCAGCCAUGUUCCUUGCCAUGAAGGCAGCUGUCAUUGGACAGAAUUGUGGAAAUGUGCCACUUCCCUGUUCUACCUCAUUCUCUAAAGUAAAAUCCUUCCAAGAAAGUCAUUAGGUUUGUUAUGCCAUUCUGGGGAUGUUGCUACAGAACUGGAAGCUAUAUUGCAAGUGUCUUGAAGAUGUCUAGAGUAAUUUUGCAACACAAAAUAGCCCAAGAUGACAUGGUGUUGACUUUGAACAACUAAAGAUAAAGAAACUUGUCCCCUUCCUCCUGUAGUUAGGACUGGGACGUUGCUUUUAGUACAGUUUUAGCUCAUCAGAAGAGUGGAGUGUAAACAGCUCUUUAUUGAAAUACCUAGAUGAGGAUGGGUGGUUAGAGUUUGAGCAUACUUUGGUAAAAGGGGUGCUGCUCUGGACAACUGGGUCCAACAAAGCCAUUUUGCAUGCAUUGUGUAUGUUCAGGUCCUCUUCCGGAGACUCAUGUAAAUAAUCCUUCCAGUCUGUUCCUGCUGGAAUAGCACAGCCUGUUUGUUGCUCUUACAGCUUGCUGACACUUUAGGUCCAAUAGUGUUGACUCCUUUAGCAGGCCUUUGCACGUACUGUGUAGUUGCCUUCAUGUAGAUGAUGAAUCAACUUUUCAACCUUCUGGAAUAUGUAGCCAGCUAUUUCUCUAGCAGUACAUAGGAACUGCUAGCAUUGGUGUAUGCACACUCUUAAGGGGUUCCUUUAUCUUACCAGUAAGGGCCUAAUGAGAGUUCAUCACAUAAGAUUUCUUUUAUAUUGGCUGCAGCUACUGCUGCCUUGGAAGUGUCUCUUCCUCCUCAUCUAGAGGUUACUACUGCACUGUGCUUUUUGUCAAUAACUGAUCUUGUACUUUCAGUUGGAAUAAGAGCCACCUUCUCUUUACUAGCACCUUUGUAGCCUGGACCUGCUGCAUUAUCUUUCAGAAAUAUCAGCUCAAACAUUUCCCUAUGAAUGAUGGAGAGUUGCACUUUGGAUAAUGUUCAGUCUAGAUGACCCCAAAGAAGGCCGACUGCGUGUAAUUGGGGGGGGGGGAGGUAUUCAACUCUUACCAUAUCUGUUCCUGCACCUGAAAGAAGUUCAUGGAAGAAAAAGCCUGGCUUAUGUUGAAAUCUGGUAAAGAGACUGUCAGUUUCAAUUUCCCUAGCUUUACCCACAUGCCUGCAGCUAUGUUUCCCUAUAGAUCCUGCCCCUCUUCAGAGGACCAAACCACAAAUCAGACCAGAUCCCAGUUGCCUACCUGUUGGCUUACAUGUUGGGUUAGAUGGUGGAUUUUUAGAAGGCCAACAAGAUUAGUUCCUGCUGGGGGAAAGUGCUUUAGCUAGCCAGUAUCUCACUGAAAGCUACACCAGCAACUUGCCAUGAGCCCUAGGAGUGCAUCUGAUUACACAUCUUGCUGCUAUUGGUAUAAUAUGUGGAGGUGCAAACUGUGGGCAUUUGCUGCUCUACACCAAUGCAAGGGAACCUGCUUAUUGCUUGCCAUGAAACGGUUGCCACAGAACAUUAUGACCUUUUGGAUUUAAAAGGAGAGACAAGUUUUGUUGGUUUCAUGGACUAUGUUUUUUGACCGUGGGUGGGAGGGAGGAGACACUCUAGGCCUAUGUAUUUUGCUUGUUUUACAGAACGUCUGGAAAGAGUUAUCCAAGUCAGGUUCAAAGUUUGGUUGUAUCUGUACUAUUACUGCAUGCUUAUCUCAGGAGCAAAAUGUUUUUUAUAUUUUGAAAAGUCUAGGUGCAGAAUGGUCUCUAUGAGAACUGCUAGAAAGAGAAGACAUGUUACUAUGAGAGCAGGGAGCAGAAUUGCACCCUACAGGAGUGGUUCCCAUCUGUCCCUUUUGACUUGUCUGGGAGGGACACAGCAUUGCAUUACAAACUUGUAUAUUUUUCAUAGUCUGUUCCAGUGCCAUUUUGUUGGGCCAAGUCAAGCUUUUGGGCAUGAGAAAUAACAGUAUUUGUACUCCAUACACUGCACCCCUGGCUCUCCUGUUGUGUAUACGAAGUCAUAUGUGUAUAUAAAUAAAGUGCUAGACAUUUA